AUGCAGGACUUCGAGUCUGAUUUUGAGCCAUUCGGCCAUGGCGAGGAUUUGUUGGACGAGGUCCAGGAUGGGGCCUCGGAACAUAGAAGCUAUGGCUGUGAGUCUAACUUGGGGAGCUCCGACGAGAAGGAGCGGUCGUGGUCCCAUGUAGGAGGGUCGCGUCGAGACGAGGCCGAGUGGUACCGCGAGGCUGCUGAGGAUGGCCCCGACAAUGAUGGGGCUGAGUUCUUCAGACCGGCCCGGCCCCAGCAUAGAGCUCAACGAUCAGUCGCACCGUACGAGGCUGCGGAGGUCCACCCUGCUGUGGCUCAGGCUCUGUUUGAGGAGAAGAGAAAGUCAUCCUUGAAGUUCAUGUGGGAGACCGGUUUUGGGAAAGAGGUCUUCAGCGGGCCAUUGGGAUUUUGCCCGACUUACCCGUUUGCUCUGCCGGUGCUUGGUCGAGCUGAUCUCUUUGCGCGCAUGACUUCGUCGGCCUCUUCGUCCAAUCGGACCGAUUGGGUUGCUUUGCAGCCCUUCAAGGCUAAGAGGUUGUUCGCAACCCGGAUGUCCCGUUCCGAGGACCAGUUGAGGAUUGCGGCGAUCUCUAGGAUAAAGGAGGUUGUCUUGUAUGACCCAAACGACUCCCGCCUUGGCCGAUCAUUGCUUGAACUGAGCGGGAUGCUGGUGCCAGAACACCAAAUGGUGGCCAUCUUUGACGAUACCUAUGCAAAGAAAGCUACCAGUACUUUGAGCAAGAGAUCCUGUGACUACUUGAAGUUCGCGAAGUGGCAGGUUCAGGUCAACCAUGGCAAGCCUCUGAGGGUGCUCGAGAAAGACAUGUACGAUUACGUUUGUCAGCUUCGAACCUCUGAGGCUGCGCCGACGUCGGCAGCGGCCUUCAUUUCGGCCUGGCGUUUCUUCCACUUCACUACCGGGAGUGCCUCUGAGGACAACAUUGUCUCUCAGCGAGUCGAGGGGGCAGCCCACACUUGCUACCUGAAGAAGCGGCCUCUCAAGCAAGCUCCUCCGUACAAGGUGUUGCAGGUCAGAAAGCUCGAGGCCAUUGUCUUCGCAGGCAGUGAUUUGCAUGCGGUGAUCUGUGGAUUCGGGCUGUUUUGCCUUUUCUCUACUGCAAGGUGGGGGGACGCAGCCAAAGCCACCGGUCUCAAGAUGGAUUCCCAUGGACGUGUGUUCCUAGUUGAGGCAGUGAUGCUUGGCCACAAGACGGCCAAGAAGGCCGACGACAGAACAACGUUCAUGCCCCUCAUCGCCCUGGGACACACCUUCGAGGAGGAACCUUGGGCAACAGCUUGGCUGAGUGCCCGCUCAAGGAUGGGUCUGGAUGAGAGCAUGAUGAUCGUCACUUACGGUCGUGAUGUUAUGACGCCCGUCUUGGCAAAGCUCCAGCAUCUGGUUGAUGCCAUCAGAAGUCACCAGUUCGACCCGGAUCAGCCCAGGGCGGCCAGGUUGCACAACCUUGUUCAGAAAUUGAACGAGGAAGCGGACAUCGAGCCUUAUGCCGAGCGCCAAGCACAUGACUUGGAAAAGCUCGACGAAUCUGAGUUGUCUGAUGUAUCCGCCGAAGACCAUGAUGGACUUGGAGCGUUGCCCAGCCUGGUGCCCGGUCUCACUGAAGAUCGCGAGCCGCCAGAGACAGGAGCCUACGUUCGCCAUCGGAUCUCAUAUAUCGUUCACGCCCUCGGGACCCCUGCCUCCAUGCUGAGAUGCGGGCGUACCUUGAAUGGGAAUUACGAGAAGUACACAUUUAACCCUCGGCAGCCGGGCGAAGAUGUCUUUUGUGAACAAUGCAGGUCCGCCCGAGCCCCGUGGGAUCAGGCAGCCUGA